AUGCCCAAGGAAGCAAAAAAUUUCCUUACCAGCCUCUCUAAAAGCGACAAAGCUGCAAUUAUGGAGAUUGCCAAGAACUGUGCCAAAUAUAACACUGAGGAGGAGGCUUUGGCUGCACUGAAGGAGAAAGCACCAGAACUUGGUGAAAGAGUUGAAAAAAUCCACGACACGUUGAAGAAAAGAAUUGAAGCUCUCGGACCUGAAGCAAAACACUACGUUAAGGAGAUAAUUGCCGUAGCACGAAAAAUCCAUGCUUCCAUUGCUGAAGGCAAGAAAUUGACUGCGGUUGAUUUGAAGGAGUAUGCACAGAAGGAGAUUGAAAGGUACAAUGGGACUGCCGGAGUCGGCGAAGAAGGAACUCCAACGAGCGUUCCCUCUUGUCAAUUCAGUUUUGAGGAGCCCGAAAAUGCAGAAAAUGUUAAAUAG